AUGGGGGGCGGAGGAAAGGAAAUCAAAGCUGCCGCAGCUGAAGGGUGUGCGAGCACGCUGGGGAAGAGCCGAGGAGCCGCAGGACAGGAUGGCAACGGGAAGCCCGGCGGCAGCGGGAAGCCCGGCCCCGGGAAGCGCGGCUGCGGCGGGGAGCGCUGCCCGCGGCGGGCCGGGCCGGUCGGCUCCGCGCUGGCCGCGCUCCUCUCGGCGCUGGCCGCGGCCUCCUGCGUCUACCUGGGGGUGCGGACCAGCGACCUCCAGGCCAGGGUCGCGGCCAUCGAAGGCGCCCGAGGGGGCUUCUCUGCCGCCGCCCCGCUCCCGCCGCUGCCCGGCUUUUCCUUGGAGCAGCUGAACGCGAUGAUGCAGGAGAAAGUGGAGCGACUUCUCGCCCAGAAAUCCUACGAGCACUUGGCAAAGAUACGAGUAGCGAGAGAAGCGGCUCCAGAGUGCAACUGCCCACCAGGUCCUCCAGGGAAAAGAGGUAAGCGGGGAAGAAGAGGAGAGACUGGACCUCCUGGUCAGCCUGGUCCUCAAGGCCCUCCUGGUCCAAAAGGCGAGAAGGGAGAUCAAGGUGAUCAGGGCCCUCGGAUGGUGUUUCCUAAAAUCAAUCAUGGGUUUCUCUCUGCUGAUCAGCAGCUCAUUAAACGCCGCCUCAUUAAGGGGGACCAAGGACAAGCUGGACCCCCUGGGCCUCCAGGGCCACCAGGACCCAGAGGUCCCCCAGGAGAUACUGGCAAGGAUGGUCCUCGUGGGAUGCCUGGCUUAACGGGUGAGCCAGGAAAACCAGGAGAACAAGGAUUGACAGGACCUCAGGGGCCUCCAGGACAAAAGGGUUCUGUUGGAGUGCCUGGUGUUCCAGGGAGAGAUGGACAAGUGGGUGAACCUGGUUUGCCUGGCAUAGCAGGAGAGAAGGGAGAAGCGGGGCUCAAGGGUGACCCUGGAGAAAGAGGAGAAAAGGGGGAUGCUGGUGAGAAUGGAAUGAAGGGUGACACAGGAGAAAAGGGUGACCCUGGCUCUUCUGCGGCUGGAAUUAAGGGUGAACCUGGUGAAUCCGGACGGCCUGGGCAAAAGGGUGAACCAGGCCUUCCUGGGCUUCCUGGACUCCCUGGAAUAAAGGGUGAACCAGGUUUCAUUGGUCCACAAGGAGAACCUGGGUUGCCAGGGCUACCAGGAACAAAGGGUGACCGAGGAGAGGCAGGCCCUGUUGGGAAGGGUGAGCGAGGUGAACCUGGAAUCCCUGGACCAAAGGGGAAAACAGGUGAACCUGGAUCUAGAGGCCCCAAAGGGUCAAAGGGGGAUACCGGUGAGAGAGGUGACACAGGAUCUGCAGGUCCACAGGGACCACCUGGACAGAAGGGCGAUCAAGGUGCAACAGAGAUAAUUGAUUAUAAUGGCAAUAUCCAUGAAGCUCUGCAGAGGAUUGCCACCCUGACUGUCACGGGACCACCAGGACCACCAGGACCCCAAGGGCUGCAAGGGUCAAAGGGUGAACCAGGAUCCCCAGGAAUUCCAGGAGCUGAUGGAGAACAGGGUCCUAAGGGCUCAAAAGGAGACACAGGUGAUCCUGGAAUGCCUGGAGAAAAAGGGGGAAUCGGACUGCCUGGCCUACCAGGAGCCAAUGGCAUGAAAGGCGAAAAAGGAGACGUUGGUUUGCCUGGUGCCCAAGGUCCUUCAAUGAUAGGACCACCUGGACCACCAGGGCCACAUGGUCCUCCAGGCCCUAUGGGACCUCAUGGACUGCCUGGCCCAAAGGGUAUAGAUGGCCCGGUUGGUCCCCAUGGCCCUGCAGGUCCCAAAGGAGAGAGAGGUGAGAAGGGAGCUGUAGGUGACCCUGGACCCAGAGGACCGUACGGCUUGCCUGGCAAAGACGGCGAGCCUGGCCUUGAUGGUUUCCCUGGUCCUCGAGGAGAAAAGGGUGAUAUAGGAGAAAAGGGAGAAAAGGUGACCACAGUGUUAUUAACUGUUGCUUGA